AUGGCAAACAAGUUUGGAUUAGGGUCUUUACCUCUAGAAAACAGAAUAACUGACGUGAAAAGAUACCUCAGACGAAAUAUUAAAAAUCUUGUGGACGAACCCAAACUACAACAAGAGUUAACGAGUUUGAAACGUCUUAUUCAAGUGGAUAAAACAAGUCAGUUGCAAAAUUCAAUAUCUAAAUUAGACGAUAAGAUUACGAAGUCGUAUUAUUUCAAUCUUCCAUUCGAAAGUGACACUGUCUUCGAUAGAAAAGAUCAAAGUUAUAAAUCAAACAAAUAUGGAUUCAAAGUAGAAAUAAAAGUAGCUUCUCGCGUAGAUGGAGAACCUAAAAACGUAUUCGAUAUCGGCGAAACGGAAGCGUUUACUUUUCGAGGUAGAUGUCUGAUUGAAAUAGAUUUUCCCAUGAAGGUUAAAGUCAAUAAAAUAGUCUUCAAACAAACCGGUAAUGCUGUCAAACAUCUUUCAUUUUUCAAUGAUGGUAAUUUGGAAGAGACUAUACGUUUGAUUGAUAAAAGGGAUGAUUUAUAUGAAAUUGAAACGAAAAAUGGUAAAUAUGUAGACACCUUUAAAAUGGAAGUAGAAAAUGAUAAGGAUAUCAUUGGAAUGAAAGAUUUAGAUAUGAUAUUGGAGACGGAAAAUCCACCAUCAACCAACAUGAUCAAAAUUCCACCAUCACUUAUAAUACCCGCACAUAUACCCGGACCAAUAGAAUCGAGCAGUCACGAGUUUUUACGAACAAUAGACUUUGAAUACGUAAAACUGUAUUUUGUUUACGCUGGAAAAUACACCUCGAUCGAUGUUCAUAAAAGUCAACAAGAAAGAGAGUUUAUAGUACAUUUAUCGUUUGCCGAAGACUCCAUCCUUGAAGGUGGUGGUUAUAUUUCUAGAGCCAAGAUAAACAUCGAAAAAUAA